CCAACCGGCUAACCGGAAAUUUUGUUAGAAAUUUCGGUCAUUUCCUCUCCGUCUCCUCGUCGUGUUCUCUAAACUAAUAAUUUACGGUGAGAGAAGAAGGGAUCGCAUCGUCUUAUCUGUCGAACUACAAACAAGUAUUAUUAAUGUUUGUUGCUGCCAUGGUGGAGAAGAGGCUUCUGUAGCAGAAAAAAAAGUCAGAACAGUUGACAACAUCAUAAUCAGCCUGCAGCCGCCAUGAGGUGACAACUGUGACAUUUUGUACUUUUGCUGACGUGGACACAUGGCAAGGAUUACUUUGUCCUGCCUGCCAGCCUCCUGGUACUGCAGCGUGUCCCUGCUGUCUCUGGGCUGUGCCCCAAGACAGAGGCUUCUGCUCCUGCUGCUGCUGCUCAUCACCUCUGCCUUCCUCCUUCUGGAAACCUACCAAAGGCAGCUAUGGGGUACCCAGCGACGGUCUGGGACCCAAAUUAACAAAUACCUCUCCCUCACCGAGUCUAUGGAGGCUACCGACAUCCUCAACCCUUCACUGAAUUAUGGCAUCGUGGUGGACUGUGGCAGCAGUGGCUCCAGGGUCUUUGUGUAUUACUGGCCGCCCCAUAACGGGAACCCCCACACCCUACUGGACAUCAGACAAAUGAGGGACCGCAGCCGCAACACAGUCGUCAAGAAGAUCAAGCCUGGAAUCUCCACUCUGGCAACCACACCAACGCAGGCCAGUGACUACCUCCACCCUCUCCUCAGCUUUGCUGCUGCUCAUGUCCCAAAGAACAAACACAAAGAGACUCCACUCUACAUCCUCUGUACUGCUGGCAUGCGGCUGCUGCCUGAGAGCCAGCAGGCAGACAUUAUAGAGGAUCUUGUCACCGAUGUCCCCCUGGAGUUUGAUUUCCUCUUUUCCCGUUCACAUGUUGAGGUCAUCUCUGGGAAACAGGAAGGAGUGUAUGCUUGGAUUGGCAUUAACUUUGUCUUGGGCCGCUUCGACCAUCCUGAUGAGGAGGAUGCCACAGUCGAAGUGACGACAAGUUCUCAGAACCAGCAGCCAAUCAGCAGACGGCGCACAGUGGGCAUCAUGGAUAUGGGUGGAGCUUCGCUUCAGAUCGCCUAUGAGGUGCCCAGCGCCAUCACCUUCAACUCACCUCAAGAAGAGGAGGCAGGGAAGAGCUUCCUCGCAGAGUUUAAUCUGGGCUGUGAUGUCGAGCACACGCAACACGUGUACCGAGUGUAUGUCACCACGUUCCUGGGCUUUGGAGGAAACAUGGCCAGGCAGCGCUACGAGGACCAGCUCUUUAACAGCACCUUCACCAAGAACAGAUAUCUAACCACACAGACGGGUCUGAGUAAGGACAAACCGUACCUGGACUCCUGCCUGCCCGUCGGACUGAGUGAAACAAUAGUCCGUGACAAUCGCACGCUGCACCUGAGGGGUCAGGGUGACUGGACCAAGUGUCAGGAGGCAGUGCGACCCUUCCUGGGUCUCCACAAUGGCACAAUGUCACCAAGAGGCGUCUAUCAGGCUCCCAUCAACUUCAGCAACAGUGAGUUCUAUGGUUUCUCUGAGUUUUACUACUGUAUGGAGGACGUGCUCAGGAUAGGAGGACAGUACAACAGUGAGAAAUACUCCAAAGCUUCUAUGGACUACUGCUCUACCCAGUGGUCGACACUGAAACAGCGUCUGGAAAACCACCUUUACUCCAAGCAGGCAGACGACAGCAGACUGAAGUAUCAGUGCUUCAAGUCAGCCUGGGUGUAUGAAGUGUUACACUCUGGUUUCCGUUUCCCCACCGACUACCCGAACCUGAAAACAGCCCAGCUGGUUUAUGACAAAGAGGUCCAGUGGACUUUGGGGGCCAUCCUGUACAAAACCCGCUUCCUGCCUCUCAGGGACCUGCAGCAGGAAGCACUGCGGCAGAACCACCCCAGCUGGCUGCGCUCUUCAUUCGUCUACAACCACCACCUGUUCUCACUCUGCAUCCUGGUGGUGGUGCUGGCCAUCCUGCUCUACAUCCUGCGCCUGCGGAGGAUCCACCAGCGGGAGCAGCGGCAGGCCGAGGUCCUGAACCUCCUCUGGGUGGAAGAGGGAGAGGCUCUCCUCCCCUGAGAAAUAUGUCUGGGACGGGAGGCUCCACACUAAUCGCAUGCAGAGUCUUAUGUGUGCCUCACUGUGUGUGAAAAAUGUGAGUAUGGAGGACAGUUGAGGAAGGGAGAAAUUACUCAGUGGAAAAGCGUGUGACUUGGUAGAUUAUGAUGUAAGAGGAGACCAGACAAAAACAUCGCAGCAUGGAGACAGUUUAAUGAGCCCCGAAAUCAAACACCUCUGUAUAUCCUUUGAUCGUACAGAGCUCACCUCAGACUGGAAAGACAGACUCUGGGCUCACUUUCUUCUCUUCACGACCACUUUGGAUGAAAAGAAUCACCCCAGGUUUACAGGAUCAAACCACUCCUUUUUUGGGGGGGGGGGCUACCCAUUCCUUCGAAGAUCUUAUUUCUAGGUUAAAGGCAGUGUGGAUGGUUAACCUGGAUGUGGUGUCAUUGUUAAUGUUUCCACUGCUGACUGAGGAGAAAACACGAGAGGAUAGAGAUAAUUUUACAAUAUGGGCUCAGAACAAAAGUCACCUAAAAGGACAGCAGAGGGAGUGGUCAUUCGUUAUCAUCUAAUUGCUUUGUUUUUUGUUUUAUCAUAUAGAAAGUCAAAGCAGUUGCACAAAAAUUCAGUUCUUAAAGGGGACCUUAACAUUUUUCCCACCUAUGUACUGUCACAGUGGUUGGUGGUCAUAUGAAAUAAAAGUUUCAAGUAAUGAGGUCAGUCAGUGGGCAAUAAUCUUUGUGGGUAAAAGCUCAGGCUUCAGACUGAUUUAAACACUCAGUUUGACUUUUUUUUUUCUACCCGUGGCUCUGUAUGAUGUCAGUGACAGAGGAUAGCCCAAAUAUGGGCAUCUCAGGCACAUUACACUCACUGUGAGCACAGAAGCCCCCGCUGGCUUAAAGAGAAGGUCGCAAGAGCAAAAGCAGUUCACUUUAGAUAGAAGAUGAACUGGGAGAGCUCCACUGAGGCCCAGUAUAAGUUAAAUAAGGAUUAUAUUUAGACAUGAAUCAUACAGAGCUACUCUGGUACAGUCAAAGGAUAAAAAUGAGCAUAUUAGGUCCACAUAAAACAAACCCAGGCAGCCUGAGCUCUAGUCUAAGUUUAAUGCGAGCAGAGCUGAGAGUAGGCAGAGGCUGAAUGAGUGCCAGAUGUUUAUAUGGACCACCCAUCAUGAGACAGGUUGUGUACAUAUAUGACUGGAUGGUAUAUGAUGCAUGUGAUUAUAGAGCGACUUCCGUUUUAACGCGAAUCCUGUUUACAUGCUGUUUACAUCUCCAAAUAUCACACAAACACAACAUUAUGCCACAACAUGCCAAACAUUACUCACCUGUGUCAGUGGAAAUACCAGGUAAAAUCUGCCUCUUUUGCAUACAGGUUUUUGUAUCCUACAUGUCCUGUGCUUUCCCCCUGCCAUCAUUUCUGUAGCCCAGUGUUACUUUCCCUUUAUCUGUGAAAUGACAUCUGUAACAAACCCUUAGCUGCCUCAUACCUGAGAACUUAUUUUUGUUUCAGCCUUCAUGCCCAGCUGAAUUGCUCACUUCUCCAAAACUGGCAUUUCAUUGUAAGUUAGUGCAAGUUUAUUUAAAGCUUGUUGUUUCUCCACAAUCAAAGAUAGGGUUUCACCCACAGCUCCGUUCAUCUCGAUGGGAAGAUUUCCUUGAAAGCAAUCCUGCAGACUGAUGAUGUCAGCUGCAUCACUUUGGCCUCAGACCAUGGUUUGAUACUUGAAUUCCACUGCUGUCCUGCCAAGACCCCCGUCCAACCAAAUUUUAAUCAGAGGGUAGGCAGGGCCAAGAAGCUUUUUAGCUGAAAUAAGCAAGGAGGCUUAAUCAGAGUCUGGACGGAGGCACUGAAAGCAGAAGAAGAACCUGCAGGCCUGAUUUAAGCAGAUGCUGUCUGAUUUUUGAAUGCAAUAACUCAGAGAAAGCGGGGAGGGAAACUUUUCCUGUGCCUCAGGCUUAGAUGGAUACUGGGACAUGAACAAAAGUACAGAACAGCUCUCAGUCUGUGUUUCUAAUAUCAAGAUGAACUACUUUAAAGCCAUUUUUAGGAGUAGAGCCUAAUGCAGACAAAGAGGUUUAUUCCAUUCUGUGUCUACUGUAUAAUAUAGCUGUAAAUUGAAAUCACUGUUUUGUUUUGUUUUUUUGUCUGUUUUUGAGCGAUAUGUGCUGACAGACUGAUCGAGCUGUGCAGCAAACCAUGAAGAUAGAAAUAUGUGUUUGAGCCACACCUGGUGACAUUUCCUGAGAAGUCCUAUAAAUCAUAGAUCGAUCCUACAGUGGAUUGUUUUUAAAUGUUCAAAUGUAUGGCUCAGAGUUGCUCACAGUGAUUUCAGUCAGUGGGACGGGGCAUGAUUCAUCCAGCUGAACGAUGAUGACUCCAUUGUUUUCAAAGAAAACUGUCCUUUUGUAAGCUGUAAGUGGUGCUAAUGUGAAUGUUUUGUUGUUUAGAGAAGCGGAGCCGUUUGAGAGCUCUGCGUCAUUUCAGAACAUUAAAUAUGUUCUCUUGUUUUCUCCGUUCUGCUCCUCCUCGUAUAGAUGAGUUCUGACUUGUCUUCAUCAAAUCGUCAGUGUUCAUUUGUAACGUUUCUCCCAUCUGUAUGCAACAAAUACUUUCACUCUUAUAUUCUUAAUCAGUGAGACUUGAGUGCCAACAGGUCCAUUUUGUUUCAUUCCAGUUCUUAUAUUUUUAAAAAACUGCAAACCUCUUUCUGAUCCAUCCUGAUGAGGAUUUUUAAGAUUUCUGCUGCUUCUGUGAUAUUUUGACUCCUGACGGAGGACCAGUCACUGACUGUCUUUCCAGAGCUGGGCAUUGUGCAAUGUUGAACAGUAAUUCACUGAAGAGGAGACUUGAUUUCAAUGUUUUUAAUUGUGGUACUUUUAAUGUAAAUGUGAACCGAAUCAAUCCCAAUAAAUGGUUCUUUGUAAUUCAA